CCUUCCCCACCUGUGCCCCCUCAGCUCCUGCCUUCACCCCCCGCCUGCCCCCCUUUCCCUGCCUCCCAGCCUGCCCCUCCCUCAGCCUGCGCCCCUUCCCCGCCGCCGCUUCUCGUGGCUCCGCCGCUCUCACUUUCAGUUUCUCUCCCACUUCUGCUAGCGCGGGGGAGAAACGCUCCGGCCGUCGGGGGUCGCGUCUGCUCCAGUCGCUCCCAUGGCCGACAGCGGGCAGCUGGCGCCCUAUUCCAAGCCGUCUCUCCCAUUUACUGGACCUAUUCUUGGCGGUCUUCGUGACGGAUUGAUGGUUAUCGUCAGUGGAACUGUUCAUCCUACAUGUGACAGCUUCAAGAUAGACUUUCAGUGUGGAUCCUGCCCAAGUCCUGACGUUGCUUUUCAUUUUAACCCACGAUUUGAAGAGGGUGGAUGUGUGGUUUGCAAUACUUGUGAAAGUCAGAAUUGGGGAAGAGAGGAGAGGAAAGAUGAAAUGCCUUUUUUAAAAGGUUACCCCUUUGAGAUUCGAGUUUUGGUAAAGCACGACUCAUUCCAGGUUGCUGUAAAUGGAAGGCACUUUGUGCAGUACAAGCACCGGAUUCCACUUUCCAAAGUGAACUGCCUUAGUGUGUCUGGGGGUGUGGACGUGGCAAUCAUCCGCUUCGAAGAUACUGCUCCCCCAGGUGCUUGGAGCGCUAGAGCAGCUGGGAUCUCAAAUGCUGCUUUCCCACCUGGAUUAUAGGAGCCGCAAACUUACAUUAUGAACAAACAGGAAAAGGAAGGCGAAGACAACUGAGUUAGCUGCAGAAGCCAAUAUUUUAAGUUUCUCAUGUUCACCUGGCUGACAUUAGUCAAUUUAAUUUUUGUGGGUUUUUUUUAAAUAUUUCAUUUAUCUAUUUUAGUUAAAAACAAUUUUAACACAAACAAACCUGAUUUUAAAAAGCUUGAAUGUUUAACUAAAUUCAAAAAUUCAUAUGCUUGUUUUGUUAAAAUAUUAUGUGUUUGCUCUUGAUGAAAAAAAUCCAGAAUACAUAACAUUGUUGUCUUAGUUAAAUAAAACAAUUUACAUGUCUGUCUGGUGAUGUUCUCCUCCUAAUACGGCAUGGCAAGAAAAUCCUCCAAAUAUUAAUGAUUAACCCGUUGAAUUGGAGAUAGUUCACCUCCUAGUGACUUCAUAAAUACCUGCUUCAAUUACCUUUGGUAAAUGAAAUAACCAACCAAUCAUUCAUUUUCUGAUAUAUAGCUGUAAAACUAAUCUGAAAAGUUUUCAAAAUAAAUCACUUAAAAAUG